GUUUCUGUUCGUUAGUGUCAGAAUCUGUUUUUUUUUUCCUUAUUUUUUUAGGGAAAAAACAUCUGGCGCUCAUGAGGGCUUUUGGUGGCUUCGCAACGCAGUCGGCGCAAGCGAGCUAAGCUAAGCUAACUAUAAGGCUGGCCUGGUGAUACUGAAAUAUCUGUCGAGUUGGCAUUGAAAAUUUGCCAUGUGAACUACAGAGGAACUUCACCCUGAUGCGGGAGCUGGACAACAGGACAGAGGAAAAGAAGGGAGAGAUCGAUAAACUCGCCGAAGAGUACAUCACAAACGUCCGGAACCUUGCGUCUGAGCAGAGGGUGGAACAUCUGCAGAAGAUUCAGAGCGCCUACAGCAAAUGUAAAGAAUAUAGUGAUGACAAAGUGCAGCUUGCCAUGCAGACAUAUGAAAUGGUUGACAAGCACAUCCGAAGGCUGGACGCAGACCUGGCCCGCUUUGAGAAUGAGCUAAAAGAGAAGCUGGAUGUCAGUGGUUAUGAGAGCCCUGAGAGUAGAGCACUAAAAAAAGGAGGAGGCAGAGGGUUUAAGGAUAAGCGAGGAUCUAAAGGCAGAGGAAGAAAAUGCUCAGAUGAUGACUCACCGCGAAAGAAAAAAAUGAAAAACAGUCCUGAUUUCCAGGAGUCCCUGCUGCCGGUGCACCCAUCAGAUGUCCUGGACAUGCCAGUGGACCCCAAUGAGCCCACAUACUGUUUGUGCCAUCAGGUGUCAUAUGGAGAAAUGAUUGGAUGUGACAACCCUGAUUGUCCAAUCGAAUGGUUUCACUUUGCAUGUGUGGAUCUCACAACAAAGCCCAAAGGAAAAUGGUUUUGUCCGCGGUGCACCCAGGAUCGGAAGAAAAAAUAAGAUUUCUAACUCUAUGACUUUUAUACAUAACUGUAUGCAUAUAUAUGUAUUUUGUCUAUGUGGUAAAAUAGGAUACUAUGUACAGUAUAAAUAUAUCACUUUCUAUAUGACUAUGAUAAAGGAAGAGAGGGUCACAAUGAAACAAAACCUUUAUUUUUUAAUGUACUUGAAAUGUGUCUGUUUUGUUAUUUCAAAAAAAAGUUGAAUAUUGUACUGCAAGUAAUCUGGUAUCUAUUUUAUUUUUAUUUUCUAUGGAAAGUGUAAGCUUACAUGUGUAUAUAUACACACUUCUACUGAAUUAGCAACAUAGGAUUUCUUGCUAAAUGAAGUCAAAGCACCAAAAUCAUUGUUCUUGCAACUUCAUUUUUAAUAUUUACAUGCUGAAAUGUUGUUAAUGCCUCAAAAAAACAUUCACGGCAAGAAUUUAAGUUAUGAGGAUUUUAUUUUGAACGUAAAUGUUAAAGAUGCCAUGUGCAGCUGUCCUGCUGGAUGUCGUAUCUUUAGAGGAAAAAAGUGUUUAUGACGUGACUACUUCUGUAACUCCAUCCGGAUGAACAACAGCUCAUCUGUGUUACGUGUGUACUAACGGCUGCUGUUUUGGCAGAAUCGGACUUUUCCUCCACCAGCUUUGAUGCACUUUUUCUUUUAACCAGAAUUUGUUCCCUUGAGCACCAUGACCAAGGCCUGUGUUCUCAGUAGUGUUUCAGAGGAGGGGUCAGGUCUCGGAUCAGCUGUCCUGCUAUGUCGUUUUGUUCAUUAAACAACCUCUGGUCAUGCAUGUGUCCUAGAAUGGAGGAACUCAGUCCUUAAGGAAAUAAGGGGACCAAAAAAAAAAAGAAUCCAAUGAAGACCAUAAAUGCAGAUCAUCUUUGAUGGGUUAUUUGUGAUGUUUGUAUGUCAAUCAUAAAUUAAUACCCUGAAUCAAUACUCCUGCAAGAUACUUUAUUGCUCUGUAUUUGAGUUUACAUUUGUAAAUGUAACUGAGUUUAAAAUAACCCUAAGCAUGGUGGUUUUAUGAUUACAUCCCUACAGUCCACACGCUGGACAAAGUGUGCAACCUGUCUGCAGCAUGAAUUUUAUUUCUUUUUUUUAACUGAACUAAAAAUCUGAUUGGAAAAUAGGCUUCUGGUUUAGGGUUAGGGUUCUUACAGUUUUUACACCUGUGUUUUUAUUUUUUUGUAGGGUUUGAGACACUUCUUUGCAUCAUCAUAAAAUCUGGAUUUAUUAAAUGUACGUGCUGCUGUU